AUGGUGCGCAUGUUCCGCGAAGGUCGCACUGACACCGUACGAUCCUGCUGUCCGGCCUCCUGCGAGUUUGUUCAGGGCUUCCUGGACCCCAACCUAUCUGUGGAGACAAAACGUGAACUCCUGAAGACAGCUUGUGACCAGCACCAGCAUCUUUAUCGAGAUGCUAUGGUGGGCAAGGCAGUCGAUCGUCAUCUCUUUGCCCUCUAUGUUGUCUCCAAGUUCCUCAAGUCCGACUCGCCCUUCCUUAAGGAGGUUAGUACUCAUUCGCUGUUUUUUUAUAUAGUCUCCGAUGGUGUGUACCACUUCAGUUGCCUAGUUUCUGUCAAUUUGACACUAAAAUUGUUGUACUCACUGGAAGUUUGCAGCGUAAAUUGUACGUCUAAUUUUUGGCCUUUGGUCCCUCCCGUUGACGAGGUUCUCGUCUGCUGGCUGUGGAUCAGUUUCCCAAGCCACAGAAAGUCACCUCGAAAUCUUCUAUUGUCCAGGCGCAACUAA